CAUUUCCUCCCUCCGGGACGUUUUUCGUUUUUAUUGAGAGGUUUAGUUCUGCUGAGUGAAGCUGGUGGCUGCAGCUGGAUCUCCGUCCUUCUUUAGAUUUCCUCCACAGCAACCAGUCGAGUUGAGCCCAGACGAGGCGAUGAAGGUUCUGGUGGUUCUGGCGGUUCUGCUGCUGGCGGCGGUUCUGGUGGACGGCAGAGUGUUUGAGCGGUGCCAGUGGGCCCGAACCAUGAAGAACUACGGGAUGGACGGGUACUGGGGCAUCAGCCUGGCCAACUGGAUGUGUCUGACUUACUCUGAGUCGAGCUACAACACUACGGCAGUCAACCACAACCGGGACAAAUCCACCGACUACGGCAUCUUCCAGAUCAACAGCCGCUGGUGGUGCAACGACACCCGGAUCAGAACCGCCAACGGAUGUCACAUCAUGUGUGAACAGCUGCUGAGUGACGAUGUGGGCGUGGCCAUCAGCUGUGCGAAGCGUGUGGUCAGGGAUCCCCAGGGCAUCGCCGCCUGGGUGGGCUGGAGGACGCACUGCAAAAACCAGGAUGUGAGUAAAUAUUUGGACGGAUGCGGCCUGGAUUCCUCAUUUCUUUAAACCAGGAAGAAGAAACUCUGAUCAAAAUCAAAACUUCAUGGAAGCUGAUUGAAUCUGUUCAGAAUGAAAUGAUACAAUCAGAAGAUGUGGAAAAGUUCUGCUCUCUAUAUUCACUGUUCAAAUUAAAACAUUGAUUUUUAACCUGA